AUUUAUUCAAUCAUCAAUUAUUCAUUCAAAAUGAACAAAUCCAAGCCGUGGAUGCCCCAAGCAUCUCCUGAUCUCACCUUUAUCAAUGCGAACAUCGUCGAUGCUGAGACCAGCCAGAUUCUCCCCAAUGCCACUGUCCGCAUCGGAGAUGGACUCAUUCUCGAUGUAACCACUGGUGAUGCCUCGACUGUCGCUGGUCCAAAUGUCAUUGAUCUUCAACAUCGCUAUAUCUGUCCUGGACUGAUCGACUGCCAUGUCCACAUCACCGCCACUCCUGGUGGCUUCUCUCUCAAAGACCUCUUUGCCGCCAGCCCCAACGCCAUUGCGUAUCGCACCACUUUUGUGGCCCGAGAGAUGCUGCUGCGAGGCUUCACAACUGCUCGUGAUACUGGAGGUGCCGAUAAUGCUCUUCGUGAUGCCAUUGCCGAAGGACUCUUGCCCGGUCCCCGUCUCUUCAUCGCCGGCAAGGCACUCUCCCAGACGGGCGGCCAUGGCGAUUUCCGUGCCAGCUAUCAGGGAAAUGAGUUCAAGUGCUGCGGUGGGCAUUCACCAUCGCUUGCUCGCGUGUGCAAUGGCGUCCCUGAAUGUCUUGAAGCUGCCCGCGAUGAGCUGCGACAAGGGGCCAACUUCAUCAAGAUCAUGUGUGGCGGUGGUGUUGCCACUCCCUCUGAUGCCCUCGAUAUGCUGCAAUUCACGGCGGAAGAGAUCCGGGCCAUCACGACGACAGCAGCGUAUUCCAAGACAUAUGUGACGGCCCAUGCCUAUACGAUCGAUGCCAUCCGACACGCCGUCGACAAUGGCGUCCGAGGCAUUGAGCACGGCAACUUUAUCGAUCGCGAGACGGCCGAGUACUGCAGGGAGAAGGGAGUAUUUUUCACUCCGACGCUGGUCACCUAUCACGGCAUGACGCAGCCUCCCUUCGACCAGUUUCUGGAUGAAUUCAGCCAGCGCAAGAACCGCGAUGUGCUGGCCAGUGGGCUGGGCGCACUGGAAAUUCUACGCGAUGCCGGAGCUACCAUGUGCUAUGGAUCGGAUCUGCUGGGGGGAUUGCACACGAUACAGAAUGGGGAGUUUCGCAUUCGGUCGGGGGUGCUGAGUGCUGGCGAGAUUCUGCAGUCAGCGACAGUCAAUGCAGCCCGGUAUCUCGGGAUGGAGGGGAAGCUGGGAUGCAUCCAGAAGGGGGCCAUUGCCGACCUGCUCGUGUUGGAAGCGAAUCCGCUGGAGGAUAUCACGGUGCUUGAUCGGAUCAAGGAGUCCAUGGUGGCUCUGCUGAAAGACGGACGAGUUGUUGCGCACAAGCUGGAUGGACUGGCCGUGGAUGCGCUGUAUGAUCCGUGUGGGAUUCAGCCAUAGAAUAUUCAGAGAAGAAGAAUAGGAGAACCAAUAGCAGACUUUCGAUAUAAAAUUAAGUUGUUCCACGCGAGUGGCUUUGUUCUUGGCGACGAUCACUUGGACGAAAUGAAGCUAUCCCCACUCUUGAAAGUAGUUGGUGGUAUCAUCAGGGUGAAUAUUUACCAGGCAG